UACACGUUUAACAUGCUCGAAGCGCCAGCGGCGCUUUGAUCUUUUCCUUCCUUCCCUUCUCUCGAGCCUUUAGCGGCGCUUCUUUUUCUAUGAGUGCAUCUUCUGCAUGGCCACUCCAUCACAGACUAUAACGACGGUAAGCGGGCGGCGAUGUACGCGCUCGCGAGCCCGAACAGCCACAUCGACCCUUACCUCGACCACUACUUCUAUCAUUGAAUCGACUUCGACGAGCACUCAGAAUGUGCAAUCGAUACAAAGCAGCUCGAUAGCCGAAGCGCCUUCACCUCCACCUCCGGCGUCGUCUACUUCCACCGACACAACAGGGCAGGCCACAUCAACCGAAGCGGUCUCUACGGCGAUAGCUGUAUCAACGACAAGAUCUAUAUUGGUGGAUGUACCUGCUGCGUCUUCUACACUGUCUGACUUUCCAGUACCAGUGGCUUCAUCCUCUGCGCCUGUACAAUCGGUACUGCCCGAAGACCCGUCGCCCGAUACCCAGCCCGUACUAUCGCAGCCCACCGACACAGGCAUUCCAACAGGUGGAUCCGCAGGUGUUAUAGCGCCCGACACUGGAACGACUGAUGGAGGCGGCAGCUUGACGCUUCCGUUGAAUGGCUCAACAAAUGUGGCUCCUAUUGCAGGUGGCGUAGUGGGCGGCUUCGUAGGUCUUGCUCUUGUCAGUGCGCUGCUGUUCUUGUGCUUGAGGAGAAGGAACGAUGGUACCUUUGAGAAAUGGCAACAACGUCUGAGUGAGAAACGGGAAAGAGAAGAGGGAGGGUUAUCUGCCAAAAUACGCGCGAUUCCCGAGAAGAUAAGAGGCAUACCAGCAGGGCUACGAGUGUUCGUUGCGAGAUUGAAAGGUGACAAGUCCGGACCUGCAUCAAAUCCAUACCGCAAACACACUCGGAAUGCCAGCUCAGUCUAUUCAGUCGGAACAGCCCGAAGGAGUCAAUCAAUCAGCGAGCCCCCCUCGAAGUUCCGACAACAGCUUCGUGGAUUUGGAGGAUUCGGUCGGAUGCCUACUCUGAAGAGGUCUCGAACAUUUCUCCAGAAGAAGCAAGACAGCCUGGUUGUUGGCCAAAAUUCUCCUUUCCCGAACAUUGUGGAUGAUCCAGUUCUUCGCAACAGCAAUGCUGGCGUAAACCCCUUUGCCGACCCGCCAGAUCCGCCCAAGAGUCUCCAACUGCUGAACCCCGAUCCUGCCUCCCCUCAACCUCAACAAAGUGGUCCUCUUGCACCGAAGCCUGCUGCGAAAUCGGAAAGGAACCCACGCGAUCCUUUCGCCUCAAUACUUGAUGAGAUAGACGCCCAAAACGGUAGCGGUACGCCGGAGUGGCUUCGCGAGACUGCCCAACAGCACAAACGAACGACAAGCUCUCAAACUGCGCUACACUCAAACCCAGUGACGUACCACGCCUCAUCGAUCUAUACCGACCGUCAGUCGAAUCCUUUCUUUGACCCGUCAGACCCGCCACCGCUUCCCCCGACCCGCCCACUGCCGCCCACUCCGUCAAAGCCGGCCAACACUUAUGCACCGCUUCCUCAAUUCAAUGCGACUUCGAGCACAGUGUCUCGCAUGUCCCAGGACUCGUUCUUUUUCGGCGAACCUGGGCCUUCAAGACCAGCGACGAACGUGUUCGGCAGAGGAGUACGGCAGUCAGAUCCAUUCGAUCUGGACCGACCCGAGGUGCUCAGCUUCGGUAAAGUAGGCGGCCGCAUGGUGAGAGGAAGCGUCACAAGGCAGAACUCCCGCAAAAGGAGUAGUACUGUGCCCAACUGGAUCAACGUCAACGAUGGCCCAUAUGAAUCGGGCAGCACUGCCCUUCGGAAUCCCAGUAUCAAGCGAAAACCAUAGCGAGCAGUACGAGUUCUUGCAAUGAAGGAUGUAAUGAGUUUAUUUUGGCGUUUUAUGUCUAAUUCUCGAGUUGCCUGGAGACGAUGGUGCAGGAAGCAUUCCGCGGGUCACCGUCCGCAAUACCCAACAGAUUUAGAGCAGCGCAACCGUUCUCCUACCUUCGUUUCCUCUUGUUUUACACACUGAUGAUUGAAAGAGCAUA